AUGGUUGUAAGACUUGAUAAAUGUAGCACAUUUGGCAUCAAAAAAGUUUUAUCAAAAUCAGCCCAGUACCUGCCUAAGCUUCGGAACAAUAAAGAUCUCAUACCAAGGAUUAAAACUCGUGAAUCAUUUGAGUAUUUGGGACGACACUUCGAAUUUACUGACAUGACUAAUUAAAAACACAAAUCUAAACUGAUCUCCACCAUUGAUGAACUAAUGUCCGAAAUAGGUCUCAAGAUAUAGGUCCCAAAAAACAAAAUUUUACUUUGCAGUCGUUACGUUUUGUCAAAACUAUCCCGGAAUUUUACUGCUGCUACGAUAUCUAAAACUUGGGUAAUCGAAAAUGUCGAUUCUCUGGUGAACAAGUACAUCCGACAAUGGCUAGAAGUACCUAUAUCUGGAAAACUAAGUAACGUUUUUCUAACCCGUAAUAAGUUUUAUCUAAAUAUCCUCACUGCAUCAGUCAAAUUUAUUCAGUGUCAAACAGUUCUACGUAAUGCCCUAAAAACAUCUCCAAACGAUUCAAUAAACGAACUGUGGGAAUCAACUAAUAAUCGCACUAAUAUUCAAUACGAUAGCUACAACUCAACUAAAGAAGUUUUAAAAACUGUCCACUAUCAACAACAAAAUAAACUUAGGAACCGUCUGAAAUGUCAAGGAUUCAAUUCAACACGUUGUUGGCGGUUGUCAACAUUACUUGAAACGACUUACUUGGAGACACGAUUACACACUAAAGCUUCUUGCAAAAACUUUUUAAACAAAUGCAAAUUACUUGUUGAUCUUCCUGGAUUUGAAAGCCCCUCGAUUAUCACGGGAGAUGAAUAUCGUCCUGAUUUACUUGUCUUUACAAGUUCAGAUACACACCUCUACGUUGUUGAACUUACCGUAGGCUUUGAAUCAAACCUCACAAACAAUUUUAACCGCAAGAAAGCUAAAUAUGAGAACCUAAUUAGAUAA